UACACCCGGCCAGCCCUUCCCAAGAGCACCCACCCCCCGGCCUGCCCUACCCCGCUCUCCCAUCUUCUUCGUUUUGCUUCUGUCUGUCCUGUUCUCAGUGCAAGGACGGGGCCAAAGCUCUGCUCUUUGCAGGCAGAAGGACACACUCCCUGGUGGCCCAGGCAUUUCCAGAGGCGGUGACCAUCCGCAUCGGAAACAGAUGGAGCCCCCAGCAGCAGCAGCAGCAGCCGCCCAGAUGUGGGGGGCACGGCCGGAAACCACCACGGCCGGCUGGUCAUCGUGGGCGUUGGCUGGGGAUGGAUUGGGGCCGGGAAGGAGGCUACUAGGUGGGUUGACUGAGGAGCAAGAAGGUGGUUUUACGUCCAACAUGGGAGAGCCAGAUGGCAGAUCCUCAAGACUGAACUGGGCCUGUCAAGCCAUGGAAGGAGACGGGAGCGAUUCCCUCAUCCCCUUCAUAAAGCAGUCCAAGAUGGUCAGCAGGUACCAAACGGAUGUCUCCAGCUCAGAACUUUCAAUCGGCAACUUUUGGGAUAGGCACAGACAACAACCAAGCUCCCUCUGGAUGGAAGAAUACCACAAGGCACAUCCCCUGCUGACAUCCAGCUGUGUAGUCCAAAGGCCUGCUGAGGCUGAAGUUGACCCUUUUCCCUGGCAGGUGAUUUCAGCUGUGCAGAAGCUUCCAUCACCCAAGGAGUUGUGCCAGAGGAAGAAAAGGGGAUCCAAACGAAAGAGGCUCAAAAAUGUCAGAGCCUUGUCAGUUUGUUAUCAUCUGGAGGAGCUGAAGAGAAGGCAAAGCAGCAUUGAUGAGCUGAAGAAGGCUACGUGGGGUGGCUUUGUGCCCCAGCCGUUCUAUGAAGCAGAGGAGGGGGCUGCAGCUGACCCCCUUGCAAAAGCAGCCUGUCGGGAAGAUCCACUGGGCCCCUCCUGCAUGCCGCAGCCUGCAGACCUCCAUGGAAAGGACCCUGCCCUCAGCCAGCACAGGAGCACACGGUUCCUCUACCCAGAGUGGAACCCCUCCACGAAAGAGCCUGAGCAGCUGAUGAUCCCCACCCUAGAAAGCCCCGUUAUCUCCUACACCAUGGCCACACAGGCUCGAUAUCAAGUCGCCAAGGGGUGCCUGUCUGAGGAAGACUUCUGGGGGUUCCGGCUGCCGUCAGAGGAGUGAUGCUGAAGGCGCAGCCAGAAACUUGUGCAGGAAACCUUUUCCCAAAGUGCCAAGAGUCCGUGUGGAAGGGGAGACCAGCUGCUCUUGACUCGUGCAUGCACAAGUAACUAACACCCACAGGCAGGCAAUGGAAAAGAUAAACGUUUAUGGGUAUAAAUAUAUCACAAAACUCAUGGUAAAAGCAACACUGAAGACCAGGCCUCUUUGAACCUGACUCUUUGCUGGUCUCCUUGCACUUUGAGAGUUUAGUUUAUGUUCUUUCUUUUUUUGUAACAAUACUGUGGCCUUAUUUCCUUGGCAAACACACAGAGUCUCUCUCUCUUUCUCCCUCUUUGUGCUGUCAGAAAACCUUCCACUGUAGGCUGCAAAAAGAAAGAAUGAACGAAAAAAGCGAAUGCCAUGGGAGACUUUAGGAGUGUUUCCAUAGUAAUGCAGCACCAGUGGAAGAGGAGAGAAGGCCUGCAUGUGUCUAGUUGAUGCCCACCCACCCACCCCCGCCUCCCGUGCCACAGAACGUAGGUUUGUGCUGCUCUGUAGUUCUCGCAUAUUUCUUUGGAAGGAAGGAAAGAAAGAAAACCCCUCAGGCAGCUUCCCAUGCGCUGGAAUCUUUUUAAGGGUCUGCAACUCUUCCUAACACAACAGAUUACAAUUUUGGGACCCCGGAAUUAAAAUAACGUAGUAGAACAAGCUGUAGGUAGACGGAUCAUAUUUUGGGAAACGUGAGGGUUAGGGCUGAUUUGAGGUCCCUGCCCUUCCACACUUUGAGACCAAAAAGAUUGGUUCUUGGCCUUAGCCUCUUGAAGAAGUAUCAUCUGCCCCAGUCUCUAGGGCUUGCUGAGGAGGACCAACUCACUUAAGUAUCUCAUUUUUAUAGGGAUGACAAAAAGAUCCAGGAUACUUGGUGUACUUUCCUUCCCCACCUGAGAAGGAUCACUGCAGCCAUAAUAGCAGGAUGUCCAGUAGUGGCCAAUUCUCUCCUCCACAUUCAGCAAAUGCAGGUCAACAAUUUCCUUCCCUCUCUUUGUUCAACUAACCUCAUCCCCAAGACUGAAUUGUAAAAUGUCCCUAAGGCUGACCAGCUCUUUGCUGAAAACUUGAGCAUUUGCAAAAGAGCAAAAAGAACAGAAAAUGUCCUUGGAUGUGCCACUAGUUCUGCUGGGGAUAAAUCAUUACCUGUUGGGGAAGGGGGCGUUAUUCCAAGAGGUUUGUGAGAAAUGCUUGGAUAUUUUCCCCCACAUCCACCCAGAAAGAAUAAACCCUACUCUGCAACCAUUAACAGUAAUACCUAAUAAGGAAUCCUAGUGUCCCAGAGAAACUGACAACGGCAAUGGCUUUAGACUGAAUGUAAUACAUUAAAAAUGAUAUUUUAAUUGGAAGCUCUCAUCUCAAUAAAAUAACAAGCAGGGAUUUUCAAGUAUAGUUCUUAAGGCCUUUUUCAUUCUAGCUGCAAUGGUUCUGGCAUGCAGGUAGUGUUGUUUAUGGAGGAUUUUAAACUUGAGCUGUUGCAUCAGGAGUCCAUCCUAGAGACCCUUGCAUGGAUACACACUCUUGCAGAAAGGUGCUGUGGUUCCCAGGACCUGGAGGGGUGCACCCAGCGCAGUAUGCAGCUGGCUUUCCCCCCACUGUCCCUUCAGAACCUGUGCUACCUUCUGGCGGUCAGUGCGUCCACGCAGGGAAAUGGUGCCAAAGGCUGAGAAGCCAACAUUCACAGAGCUCGGUUCACACACACACACCCCAUUCAGUAUUCAGUUACAUGUCUUGUUAGUAGUUCCUUUGCUGUGUAAAACAGAUUAUUCGAUUAAAACAGCCAUGUGUGGUAUUCAUGUACGUUAAUGUUAAAGUGAUGUUAAUGUGAAAGCAAGUCUUUCAGCGUUGGAAGAAACAACAAGGAGUUCAAUUGUUAUGAUGCUUUAUUAAAUGUAUUGCAAAAACAAA